AGGAAAAUACCGAGAAUAAAUCGCGCAGGUUUUGUAGUCGCGGGAAAAAUGGCGGAAACGUGCUGUGUGUUCAAGCUAACAACAUAAGUGUUUCAAGACAUCGCCUUAUGAGCCUUUUCUCUUGUUUAUCUUCAAGUGUAUGCAUCUGUUUUGAGUAAGCUGAAUGAGGAAAUCAAGAUGCAAAGUGAUUCUGUGAAGCUUUCUACCUUUGAGCACAUCAAGGAAUCCAGCAAUCAAGCAGUCGCCCAGUCAUCCACGAUCAGGUCUUAUGAUUGUAUUAAGUGUCCCCUAAUCUUCAAAUCCAAGGUGUACCUUUAUGAGCAUCUCAGCAAAGUACAUUUCCUAGAGGUGGAUGCUGCGCUCAGAGGUGCUGGUCUGAAGUACGCGGAUAGUAACGCAGCUAGCAGUGAAAACUGCAAUAGCAGACGUUCAGGGCAGCCUUUCAAAUGCCAGUUUUGUGAUUUUAAAACUCAUCAUCAGGACGUUUUAAACAGGCACGAGAAAGUGUGUCAGAAGACUGAAGAGCAGAACUUAAUUGACGCUGUAGUCAUUUCUGAAGACGCCGAGAGCGAAGUACUUGACAGUUCGACAAACCAGUGCAAUGAAGCUGCAGAAACAGAAGAUGAUCAUUAUUUUCUUCCCCUUAUGCCUACCUCAAGCGCUAAAAGUUCACCCAAAAUUUCAAAGGAUCUGAAAACAUACAAGAGGCCGCAGCAAACCAUCACUAAGGUCUUUGCAGCAUCACCUGGAUCAGCUGAGAACCCACAUACAAAGUUAGUUGAUGAUAAAGGAGCUCUGAUUUUGCAGGAGUCUCCCUCCUGCUUUAGUCCCAGUUCAAGCGGUAGAGCAACAUCUCUGAUUGAUAUUUCCUCUAGUGGGACUGACUCUAAUAAGUUUUUGCAAAAUGACCAACAUUUCAUCACAAACUACAGAGCACCCAAGCUUAAGGACAGAUGCAAAGAACUUCAUAACAGCAUUGACAAGAGUAGCAAUAGCAGUAGUUCAGAAGGUCCUCCUGCAAAAAAAGUUAAAUUAGGAACAAAACAGACAACACUUUCAGACCAAGAAAAUGCAAGUCAAUCACCUCCACUCAGCACAGAUUUUUCUUUUGAAUUCAGUGAGGAUGAAGAGGAAAAUAAGCAUAGUCUUGGUAGUAGAGACUCUCCGAACCCAGUUGUUUACUCCUGUAAGCACUGCGACUACAGAGAUGGGAGUUUUAGACGUAUGACUUCUCAUUAUCACGAUUACCACCCCUAUGUCAGAUGUAAUGCGUCCUACAUUCAGAUCCAAAAUGAUCAGAAUGCAUCCUUCCGCUGCCUGGAGUGUCCAGUUGAGUUUUUAAGCCCAGUUGAUCUCAAGUGGCACUACACGGAAAAGCAUCCCGGGGCUGCAGAUGUGUUCAAGCUAAAGCUAAAUGAGCAAAGCUUGGUUUUUAAAUGUUUUUCAUGUCCAUUCACCACCACCAUGAUGAAGGCCUUAAGAGAGCAUUACAAGGAAAAGCAUCCAACUUGCAAAUUAAACAGUCCUUUGUUGUUCUGUAAAUAUUCUGAGAGCAAAUGCCAGGAUGAAAUAACUCUGGGUAAAACGCAAGAAAAAACGUCCAGUUCAAAAACACCCGAGAAGACCCAUACACCUUGUAAGGAGGACAAAAAUACAUCUUCACCUCAGCAUCCUACUUCUAAUGGACCAGACGUGACACUGUAUAAAUGCAGCAAGUGUGGGUUUCUGCAUAAAUCAGCUGUUGUUAUGCAUGUUCACUACCAAAAGAAACAUCCAGAGAAGGUAGUUACAAUAGAUCAAAUUAAGCAUUCAGCCCAUAGUGCAUCACAAGUGGUACCCGAAACAAACAACAAACCAGAGCUGUCGCUGCAAGCAAAGAGUGCAUUGUUUUUGCCCAAACACACAGCUGAGGCAUACGAGAAGCCCUUGGAUGCUUCUCCAACUAAACCUGUGGAAUCUUUGCAGGAUAAAUCCACACCAAAGAUGUCAUCUUCUGAAAGUAACAGAAAAAUUAUGCCUGGAUCGGGCAACAAGUCCUCUAGUUCAGCAGCAAACGUGUACUACUGCCAGAUUUGCAGUUACACGGGUUGUGAAGUCAGAAGUGUUCUUGGUCAUCAUUCUGCAAAACACUUUAUGCAGCCACCAAUAACUAUGAAAGACAUCGUGGAAUAUAGUGCUAAUGUUAGAACAAAUGCAGUUAAGAGUCCGACUCCAUCUAAGGCAAAAAAACAAGUUAAAAUAAGCAACAAAACAAAAGCUUGCCCCGAAGAAGAUGACGCUGAUGAUGUUUCUGUGGAAAAGCUUGAUGCUUAUGCCGAUGCGGAAAAAUUGUUUUACUGCCUAAUAUGUAAUUUUGGAAGUCCAAGCGCACAAGGAGUGUUUACUCAUCAAUGUCAAACCCACCAUGUCAAAAAUAUCACUAUUCGACAAACCGAUGAAUACACAGCUGUGAUCCGAGAGAAAAUCAAAAAGUCAAAAUCUGACAGAAAAAGCUUCUCUUCUACUUAUCUACCGUUUCCUCUCCUAAACGAUGGUGAUGAAGAUAAAAUUUUUUGCGACUUGUGCAACUAUAGAAACACGACUAUGACCACUGUGUUAUCUCAUUAUUCCAAAGUGCAUCAUAGUUCUGCCAACAAGGCUGCUGAUCUCUGUCUGUACACCUCUGAGGUUCUCAAACUGACUCAGGAAUCUGCUGCAAACCAGAAACAGACGGAGAAGAAAAAUAAAAAAUCGGACAAACCUGCCAAAACCUCUGAGGAAGUCCCAUCAUCAGCAGAAGUCUCAGAAACGCAGAGGAAACUUGGGUGCUAUAUUUGUGAGUACAGUACUCAGUACCUGUGUCUUUUAAAAGCUCAUCUUCGAAAAACCCACAACUCAAAUCGCUCAAUCUCAGAAAUUUUACAGAAGUGUUUUCGUCUAGGCACAUUAGAAGCAGGCUACUACUGUGAAUGGUGUGUUUUCAGUCACAAAAAUUCAUUGGUGCUCCGUGAGCACUACCUGGAGCAACACACAUGGCGCCCGGCGAGCCUCAGCUACAUACAUAAUCGGUUGUGUGCUGGUCCAAAAAGGAAGAAAUCUCAACUAAAGUCUGCUCAUCUGGACAAUGACACGGGCGGCAGCCAGACGUGCAAAAGUUCAGAACAAAACGACAGCAAGCCUUAUCCAUGCACCGUGUGUCCUUUUAAAAGUGGCACGCAGUCAGGUCUUACACGCCAUAACAAUGAAGUUCACGAAAAAGACAAAUUGGAUCCGUUGAAGAACAAUGAAGCAAGUGCAAAAAGCCAUUUGGAAGACCUAAAUAAUAUGCCUGGGGUGUUUGAAUCGUUCCAAAUGCCCCUUGAGGACGCAGAUGAAGCAUCUCCCACUUUGAUCUCCCAGCAUGGUCUCAGCACUCACUCUGGAACGAAACACCUUGAACUUGUAAACGUGGUCAAACUGAGAAAAAAAGCAAAACGCCAAGCGCCUGCGCAUGUGUUUAAGUGUCCCCAUUGCACCUACAUCAACACACUCCAUCAUGGACUUCUCGGUCACUGUAAGAUGAAGCAUCCUGACCUCGAGUCCAGUGCGGACAGUCUUUAUGUGGAUCUGGUGCAUUUAUAUAACCGAAAGAAAUACAUUAGGUUACGUGAAUCUGGUGAGACUUUAAAAAUCAGGGGGCACAUGUGUCAAACCUGCUCACAGAUCUGCAAAUCGCUGGAUGAACUGAACAGACACUGUGAGCAGGAACAUAACGAGACUCCACCAAGCACGCUCAAACCUGCUCCUAAGCCGUCUGCUGUUAGUAAAAUAAAACGUGCUAAGCCCUGCAGCUCUCUCAAAUCUGUGUCUAAAGGUUCCUUUCUGAGUGAGACGAAUAACGUCAGCAUGAGGUGCCAGCACUGUAGUUACUUUUCCACCACAACACUUAGUCUCUUUCGACACAUGCACAAGCACCACGCAGAUAUGGUCUCGGAGGACUCCGUAUACAAGUGCUCAGUGUGUCACUUAUUUUAUUUUAGUAAAGCUUUACUUGGAAGGCAUUAUUAUAAAAGGCAUGGAAAGGCUGCCUUUUUAAAAUAUGCGACGGUGUACAAGACGGCUACCAAGAAUACAAAGUCAUCGUCUCGGGAUCAUCCAUCAACUCGGCAACGACAAGAUAACUCAUCAAAGGAGAAACGGUUGGUCUACAAGUGUCCAAAAUGCCCAUAUGUGAAUGUUUCCGUCCAUGGCGUUCUCACUCACUGUCAAAUGAAGCAUCCACAUAUUGAAGUAAGAGCAGCGAGGCUGGACACGGCUGAAAUAUUUGUCUCCAACAUUGCUGGCUGUUCAAACGGAAAAGGACUCUAUGAAAGAGGUUACUUGUGUAAAAGAUGUCCACAAAUGUAUCCAUCGUUGUUUAAACUGAAAUCCCACCGCAAGAAAGAACACGUUAAGAAAGCAGCUUCCGAGCUUUCAGCAGAACGUGAAGCAGAAAUGUCAGAUGUUGACGAUCCUCCAGGCUCGAGGUCAGAAGCAGACCUCGCAGAAGGUUUGAGCACCCCGAAGACGUCGGACACGCCGGCGCUGCAGGACGAAGACUUUUUGUACGAGUGCGAGCUUUGUGCUUACUCGACAUCCUUUCGGGGAUACCUAUGGAAACACUUGAAAAACUUUCACAAACUGAAUUCAACUGAAAGGUACAAGCUGCUGGAAAAGUAUAACAGGCGCAAGCCCACUUCUCUGAGUCCCCACGAUGAACAUAAGCGAGAUGUCAAGUGUGUGAAAUGCCCAGACUUGAUGUUUGACUCGUCUGAGUCGCUUAUCGACCAUUAUAAUACUUUUCAUCGCUUGGGCAACAAGUCGGACUUCACAGUGUUAUCAUUUGGAGUGAAACCAAAGAAGAGCACAGGGCUUUACAGAUGUGCCCACUGUUGGACGAAGUUGUAUGGAACCAAGAAUCUUCGUUAUCACCUGGAUCGCCACAGAGCAAAGAUGGAGAUGGCAGCGAGUAAACAGAUUAAGGCUUCACCUUCCAGCCUGCCAUGGGAUCCCAAACCUGUGGAGCGCUGCAGACAAGGUGAAGUGUCCGCGACUAAAAGUGUGGAGGAGCUCGCCAAGCAGAACGAGACGUCGGAAGAGGGCGACGUUCUGCCGACAAGUCCCCAACCGUCCGCUUCCAAAGUCACUGAGGCUGAACCAGACGCUGAAGUAAAACUGGGCAGACUUCCUUGUAAACGUUGCCACAGGUUGUUCAGGUCAGUGAAAGGACUACGUUUACACGAGCGCAGCCACGCCUUCAUAGCAGCCCUCAACAAUCAGGACAAUCUGACAACCACAGACAUCAAAAAGUACAUCUUCUACAAAACUGGGACUCUGAAGCCUUUCCGGUGUAGCUGCUGUUCCUAUCGGUCGAAUGUCAUGAGCCUCGUGCGAAGCCACAUUCUGAAAAACCAUCAAGAUAUCAUUCAGAAGGAUAAUGUUGACACCGGCAACAAUGAAGAGAUGAUCUCUCAGGAGGAGGUAGAAAAGGAGCCUUCUGAUUCAUCAGAGAAAACUAACUUGGAGCUUGAUGAAGAACCAGAAGAAACUGAAGAAAUGAUGUACUCGGAGCCUGCAGACGUGCAGCGGCAGUUGAACCACUACAGCUUGAUGGCGCAGAUCACGGACAAAACUAACACCAACGUCUUGGAGUUAACGCUGCCGGAAAACUGCCUCUUUCAGUGCGAGAUGUGCAACUUCAACACCCAACACCUGUCGAGCAUCCGGCGACACUACAUGAACCGCCACGGGAAAAAAAUGCUCCGGUGUAAAGACUGCGAGUUUUUCACUUGCUCACGGAAAACCUUGGAGAUGCACGUGCAGAUGGGCCACUCCACCUGUCAGUCCGAACCUACUCAUCAGAAGGAUCUUCGCUGUCCCUUCUGCCUCUACCAGACCAAGAACAAGAACAACAUGAUUGAUCACAUCGUCUUGCAUCGUGAGGAGCGUGUUGUGCCGAUAGAGAUACGUCGUCCGAAACUGUCCCGCUACCUUCAGGGCGUGGUCUUCCGCUGUCACAAGUGCACUUUUUCUAGCGGUAGCGACAAAAGCUUGCGUUUGCACAUGAUGAGGCACGAUGACGUCAAACCUUACCAGUGUCGGCUGUGCUACUUCGACUGCACUCGGCUGACCGACUUGGAGGCACACCUGAGCGAUAAGCAUCAGGUCUUGAGGAAUCACGAGCUUGUUGGUCAGGUGAGCCUCGAUCAGGUAGAAGCAAAGAUUGGCAGGAUGCUAGAGGAGAACGAUGGCUACAACACUGACAACGAAGAGGUGGAAACGGAAGCGAUUGCUGCUGACUUUCAUGAAGUUCUUCAAACUAACAGCGUUGCAGAAUAUGACACCCAAGAGAAAACUGUACUUUCAUCUGAGGAGGCACAAGGGAAGCAAGAGCUGGAUGAAAAUGAAGAAAGUCCUGCGAAGAAGAGUUCUUCAUCAGACAUUCAAGACGACGCAAAUCCAAACACUACAGUCCAAAAGAGACAUGAGCAGGGCUUGAAGACUGAAGUAAUGAAUGUAUCUUUGACUUUUUCUGCAGAAGGUCAGGUUGUGAUAAAGACAGAGCAAGAUCUGGAGGAAUAUAUCAACAAAGGUGUUCAGCCGGAGGAUUGUAGUGAGCCAGAGAAAGAGCAGACAAAUAAGUAUCCGUCAAGACCCACAGAUAACCAAGAAGAGAGCUCAUCCUGUUUCCAAACGGCAGAUACUGCACAUGCCGGCAAGCUCCAAAUUAAGGAUACACGGAGCAUCGAUGUAAAGGUGGAGGACGACAUAGUUCAACACAUCUUACUGCUGGAUGAAAAUGGCAGCAAAUCUCACAAGUGGAAAAAUCAGAAGCACACUUUUAAAAUGGAGCCCAACACCGAGGCAAGGAAUGUAGAUUGUAAUAUAAAUGAUACAUCACUAGAUAACGAGGACGGCACCACUUUGGCCCAGAACCCCAAAAUUCCAGCCAACGCUAUUAUUGCAGCCAAGAUGAACCAAGCGAACAGCACGAGAGCUCAGGAGGGGGUCAGUUUCAAGAGUAUUUCAAUGACUUUUCCAUCCAAUUACACGCAACUCCAAAUUACCGGUAGUUGUAAGGACAGUGUAGACCUCUAUCUGUGUAAGCAGGAACAAAAACAAAGCCCGGAAGCCUGCACGGAGGCGUCAGAACCUUGUGGAGAAAUGCCAGUUCUUGAGAAAGAAUGCCACGUUGAGAAACGGCGGUGUCUUGAAACCUGCGAGGAGGAAGAGGCGACUGAAAGUUUAGGGCUAAAGCAGGAGGAGGAAGUUGAGAUGACAGAGGAUGAGACCGAGCACAAGAAGCAGGAAACUUCAAAUAUUCGCACCGGUGAAGUCACAACCACAGAUGUAGCUGCUGAAGUCCUGCAUGAGGAGAAACCAUUUACUUGUGCACUUUGCGGGCGAAACCUCGCGAACAUCGCCGAACUGAACCGUCACAUCGUGCGUCACCGAUUGUAACAAAUUGACGUUUUUCCUUGUUGCAGAUGUUUGAGGCAGCUUCCACCGCCACGUUUGUUUUAAUUGACCACUUUAACUGUUGCUGAUUAAUAAUGUGCAAAUAUAUUUUUCACUUUUUUUUUUUUAGAUUUUUUAAUAGGUUUUUUUAUGGAACAGCGCUCGUGUGUUGAGUUUAAUUGGAUACAAUUGAUAAAUAAAACUUCAAAAACAAGACAGUGAUUUUCUACAAAGAUCAUUUGUAAAAAUGGUCUAAUGUAAAUUUUCUAUUUUGUUUAGUUUUUUUGCAGAUAAUGUUGAUAUUCAUAAGUUUGGC